ACCGCUUGAAACCACAGCACUCCUCGUUUCCUCAUCAAUUUAUCCCCUCCUUUUCUUCUUCAGGGCUCACACUUUUAGAGAGAGAGAGAGAGAGAGAGAGAUGGGGAAUUGUCAAGCCAUAGAUGCAGCAACACUAGUGAUUCAAUACCCAAGUGGAAAAGCAGAGAACUUUUAUUGGCCUGUGAGUGCUAGUGAGGUUAUGAAGAUGAACCCUGGUCACUAUGUUGCUCUUCUCCUCUCCACCAACUUGUAUCCAACCAAUAACAAUGGAGAAUGCCCCGCCAACACCACCGCUAACAAUACUCCUUUGAGGGUCACACGAAUUAAGCUUCUUAGACCUACUGAUACUCUUGUUCUUGGCCAUGUUUAUAGACUCAUUACCAGUCAAGAGGUUAUGAAAGUUUUAUGUGCAAAAAAACAAGCUAAGCUGAAGAAAAAUGAGCCGGGAUCCGAAGAGAAACCUGAGAGGGUGAAAGAAAAGCAGGGAUCAGGACUGGAUACAAAAGCUAGACGAUCUGAACAACAGAAGGAAAAUCAGGUGACCAAAAAUGAAAGAAGCAGACCGAAGACGACAACAUCAACCAACUCUGCUGCCAUAGCCAGAUCAAGAGCAUGGCAACCCUCAUUACGAAGCAUUUCAGAGGCUGGCAGUGGCAGCUAAUCAUAUGUUCCUUCCAUGAGAUACAUGAGGAUCAAACACAUGGGCUUGCCAGCAAAAUCCAGGCUUGCUUCAACCUGCAACAUCUAAGACAGAUAAUCCAUGGAGGCAGGUAGCUACAGGGACAGAUUAAAGUAUAUCUUCCUUCAAGUACAGAUUUGGCUAAUGCGGGCAUACUUUGUAUAGCAAAAGGUGGUAUCUUAAUCAUGGUUGUAACUUAAAGAACUGCUCUUUUGAAAUGAAAUCAAACUUUGUC